UAAUUUUGUUGUUUUCUUGUUGCAGCUACAAUUUCUCUGGACAACAACUCGCCAGAGUGGGUCAAGUUCAACACCAACCAAACAGGCUUCUACCGGGUGAACUAUGACCCCGAGAACUGGGACGCUCUCAUUGGUCUGCUGCAGGAAAAUCAUGAGGCCCUUAACAGUGCUGACCGAGCUGGCUUACUAAAUCGACGCUUUCUUCCUUGUCAGGGCUGGCCUCCUUGGGUUGGAAAAGUCUAUGGAACUUGUAAAAUAUGUCAAGAAAGAAAGAGACUACGUACCCAUAGCAACAGCAUUAGGUGGACUGGGCUACAUUGCAAAACUACUGGAGACAGAAAAUGAUGAAGACCUGUACAACAACAUGAAGUUGUUUAUACUGGAACUGCUAGAGGAGACCAUUGGGGAGGUGGGCUGGGAGGACCAAGGAGACCAACUGACAAAAUCACCAUGUCCAGUGAGGUAGUCUUCGACUUUGACUAUUUGACUCGUCUGGAGGACUCUUCCAGGAAACUGGAGUCCUCCCCGCAAGAACGAUUCGAGAUGAUGUUGAAGGCCCAGAGGGAGGUAGACACCUACCUGGAGCAGCUGAACCUGGACCAUCCCAUGGGAUGGGUGAUACCGCCUGAAGAAACACAGGUGCAGUCAGAUCUGGGCCAAGACAAGCUGGUACAGUCGGGUCCGGGCCAGGCACAGUCGGGUCCGGGCCAGGCACAGUCGGGUCCGGGCCAGGCACAGUCGGGUCCGGGCCAGGCACAGUCGGGUCCGGGCCUGGCACAGUCGGGUCCGGGCCAGGCACAGUCGGGUCCGGGCCAGGCACAGUCGGGUCCGGGCCAGGCACAGUCGGGUCCGGGCCAGGCACAGUCGGGUCCGGGCCAGGCACAGUCGGGUCCGGGCCAGGCACAGUCGGGUCCGGGCCAGGCACUAUUGGACCAGGAACCUCAUGAGACAGAGCCUCUCCCCAUACCGGAACAUGGCGUUGGUAUAGACAAAGUGCUUCGAGACUUCAGCCGUAUUGGCGAUCAGAUGGAACGAGAGGGUCACCCCGGUCACAUGGCGUAUGUACCGGGUAACUCCACUGCCCCGGCCGCCAUUGGAGACUUCUUAGCCGCCUCCUUUAAUCCAUACUCACUCAACGUCGCCUCCUGUCGAAGAGCAGUGAAAAUGCAGCAGGUGAUCGUGCAGUGGGUGGGACGGCUUUUCGGGUACCCUGACACCUGUGCCGGGAACCUGACGUCAGGGGGUACUGUGGCUACCAUGGUCGCCAUGGCAACGGCCAGAGACAAGAAAGUGCCAUCAAGUCAAGACUACCACAGGUGUGUGUUAUACGUGAGUGAACUGACACACGAUGGUGUCGCCAAAUGUCUGUCCACCCUGGGCAUGCGGGAGGCCGUGGUCAGAAAGGUGCCGGUGGAAGACCACUACAGAAUGGACGUCAACUUGCUGCGCAAGUUCAUUGAAAAUGACGUGCAGAACAACCUGCUCCCGUUCCUCGUGGUGGCGACUACAGGGACGACCGACGUGGGCUCCGUGGAUCCUGUUCCCGCCAUUCGAGCCGUCGCCACACAGUACAACAUGUGGCUGCACGUGGACGCCUGCUACGGAGGAUUCUUCGUGCUCUGCAACUCCGCCAAACAUCUGUUUGAAGGGGUGGAGACAGCCGACUCCAUUGCCGUGGAUCCUCACAAGGGUCUGUAUGCGCCAUUCGGAACCGGCCUAGUCCUCGUGCGAAAUGGUGCCUCACUGCGUGACUCCAACAACCGCCAUCAUGGAAGCUACAUGCAAGACCAGAGGACCAACCCUGAAGACUGGAACCCCGAAGACUUGACGUUUGAGCAGAGUGCACAUUUCAGAGCCCCGAGGGUGUGGCUGCCCCUUCAGCUGUACGGAGUCGCGACUUUCCGAGAUGCGCUCCAAGAGAAACUGGAACUGGCUAAGUACCUGUACCUCCGACUGAAAUGCCAACCACAUAUACAAGUUGCGGAGCCAGUUCUGUCCACCGUCCUCUUCCGUAUUCCCGGCGUGAGCGACAACAUCAACCGCAGCCUGCUGGAGGAGAUCAGUGCCGACGGACGAUUCUUCGUCUCCACCACGACAGUGAAAGGCACGCUGUACCUGCGAGCCUGUAUCUUCUGCUACAGGACCCACCGACAACACCUGGACGUCUUCAUCAACAAAGUGAAGAAAGCCAUUGUCAAGAUGGAAUUGGAAUGGGAGUUUUGUUAUGCGGGGUGAAGCUUCGUAAAGAUUCAUUGUAAGACCAAACGGCAUGCACAAGGAGGUUCAGAAUUCUUAGUACGCAGCAUAGGGUGUUGUGGGUAAUGGAGUACUAGUAUGUCAAAGGUGAAGUCCCAAAAUAGGUGAAGUGUCAAAAUAUCAACAGAUAUGUGGCGGAAAAUAUUGAAUGUAUAUUUUUGCAACCUUCAUGCCGUUAUUAUGAGUUCUAUGAAUUUGGUAUUGGCUGGGCUGGCACCUUUGGUGAUGCUUGCAAUAGUGCCAUCUACUGGUUAUCCUUAGUAUUGCAUGAGACUGAAAUACAUGAUCGUGCCAAGGACGAUAUAACGUCCUUGAUCGUGCACACAUGCUACAAAUCUGACAUGUUCAGGUUGGACUUCCUUGGUGAAAAUAAAUAAAGCUUUUACUACAGCUUUACGUUUACAUUUACAGUUGUAUUCAGCUCUUUUUGCAUUAUGGUUUAAUAGGGCAUUUAAAAAAAACAGUUUCUUCCACACCCAA